AUGUCUGUUAUUGAUAAUAUUAUUGGCAAUACUAUGUCAGAGAUAGAAGGUUCAAAAGAUAGUGGUAUCAGUAACCUUCCUAACGAUCCUUCCAACACCACUGAUAACAAUUCCGGCUCCAACAAUACCGAAUUAUUUGUUUCAACCAAUUGUAUAAAUAAUGUAGAAUUGCGUACUUUAAACCCAGAAGCUUUUUUGUAUUCGGAACUAAUCAGAUCCUUUUUAGGUGAAAAAGCAAGUGAAGUCAUUAAAUGUUUGAUUUUAAAAGGUAGAUUAACUUUUCGAGAACUAAGUGAUAGAUUGAAUAUUGACUUAAAAUCUAUUAAAGAAACUUUAGUGAGUUUGGUCCAGUUGAGAUGUGUAUCUUAUAUGGAUUCUGAUGGUGCCGGUUCUAAUAUUAAGAAAAACGGCAACACUAAUAAAUUCUAUUAUUCUUAUAAUGAAGAAGGUUUACUAAUUUUAUUGUAUAGCGGUGAUAUUAUAACUAAUUUAACAAAUUACUAUUACGAAAAUGAUGAUGAUAAUGACGAAAAACAAUUAAUGAGUGAAAUUUUACACAACGUUUUAAGUUUUGGUUCUUUACGCCCCAGAGAUUUUGUAGCCAACAACCACAAUGUAUCUGAAUCCAUGCUGCAAUCUUUAUUCGUCAGGUUAGUUGAAGAUAAAUUUUUUAUUAACUGCACACCACUAUUGUACAUUCCUAAAAUCGACUUGUGGAAUAGACUCUAUUCAAGAGAAUAUAACAGCAUUCCUAAAAAUUCUGCUUUGAGCGAUUUAAAAAAAAGACAACAAUCAAAGGAUAAAGCUAAAGACAAAUAUUUACAACUAAUUAAUCAACCUUCUUCCGUUAAUGAAAAUCAAAACAUUAUUGUAGUUGAUACUAAAACCUCUCUAAGAAAAAUCAAUGAUGACAUCUCAUUAACUUUUAAUUUACCAAGGUAUUGGAAAUUUAAAAGAUCACAACACAUUGUUCAAUUUGCAGCUGUUAGAGCUGGCUAUCUACCCUCUGUAAUUUUGGAGACAGCUUUAAAAAUCACGGAAAAAGCCUCUCCAGAUGUUAAAAGCCCAUUAUUAUAUACAGAAUUGGUACAAGAACUCAACGAAUUAGAAGGCAUUACUGAUGAUUUGAAGUUACACGAGGAAAACCAACCAGGUGUUUUGUUUAACGCCAUAGACAUAUCAAAACACUUGAGCAAAAGUAUCGACUUGCGUGGUUCAAUUGUCACAAAAUUAACCAGCAGACAGUUAAGGACAGCCAACAAUGGUACGGCGGAUAAUACCGAUAAUGAUGCUGAACAGCCAUCCAAGAAGAGAUUAAAAACGGAAGAUGGGUUUGUAGUACCCCCUUUGCCAGCAUCCGUCAAGCCAAGUAAUGACAAAAACAAUUUGGAAAAUGAAAAUUAUGAGGAUGAACACGACGACGAUUAUGAUGAUUACAUAGAUGAUGAUGAUCAAGAACCACAUUCUGUUCCCAUUAUAAAUGCACACCUAAAAUUAUUAGCUAAUGGCAGUGUAGAAUUCAUUAAAGAAGCUAAACCAGGGAUGUAUUAUGUACCAUAUUCCUCUUUAAUUCCUUGUUUGAAAACUUACACUUACGAUACAUUAAUUCAAGCAACUCUAGGUUCUUCGGCUUUCCGGGUUUUGCGUUGCAUUAGAGAGAAUAGAUUGGUUACCGAAAAACUUUUAAAUAAUUUGGCAUUAAUGCGUGAAAAGGAUAUUAGAUCUGUUUUAUCUUCAUUAGCUCGCUAUAAUGGCGUAGAAAUUCAAGAAUUACCCAGAACUGCGGACAGGAGUGCCUCUAGAUCAGUUUUCCUUUUCAGAACCAAUAAUUCAAGAGCUUUUAAUUUUAUGAAAUCAAAUUUGUGUUGGAACAUUGCCAAUUUAAUUUAUAGAUUAGAAAAUUUGAAAAAUGAGAAUUCUACGCUUUUGACUAAGGCACAAAGGGAAGAUGUAAAGGGGAAAGAAAUGGAAUUACUAUUAACAAGUGAAAUCAACCAAUUGAAAAUGGUGCAAGAGAGACAAUUAAAUUCAAUUACAAGAAUUGAUAGAUUACUAUCAUUGUGGGAAAUAUUUAAACAACUAUGA